CUGUGGUUACAGCCUAUAAAAAACAGAUAUCACAAGCAGUAUAACUGAACUGUAAAACAAACCAGUGUUUCAUGUGCAGUAGAAAGAGGGGUCUGUGUUGCUUGGAGGUUUCGAAUGUGGUACAUUGCCUGAUGCUGAAAUGAAUCUACGAGUCAUCUUUCCUCACUCUUAUGUUUGCUGAGGCCGCUGACUGUUGUGUUGCAAGUCAGGCUUAAUUCUUUGGAUUCCCAACAACCAACAUGAGCAAGUUUCACGGUGAGCUAACCCAGAGGGAGCAGGAUCUACUGAGAAUCCGAAGAGACAGUGACAGUAAGGCUGCUGAACUCACCAAGAUGGAAAAGAUGCUCCAGCAAACGAAAAGCCUACUGGACAAAAAGAAAGACUCAGGCUCAGAGAGUUUGGGUUACCAAGAGAAUAUGGUGGAGGACCUGGAGGAGAAGGUGCGUUCGAGCAGACGAUACAGGAGAAGCUCACUCCAUCAUACACAGAUGCUGGAGAGCCAGAUGAAAACAGUAAAAGGCGAAUUGGUGGGCACGCUGGACCAUCUCGAGGAGCUGAGGAAUGUCCUGCGACGCUCACAGCAAAAAGCAGAGGAGCGCAAAGUCGCCAUGGAGAAGCUGGCGGCAGGGCUCAGGUGAAGAGCUUCCCCUUCAGCCACGUUUUCUUCUGUACUUUAGACUUUUUCAAGGUCUAAAUACAACUGACAUCCUAUGUCCUGCCAAAACGGAUAUGUGGAGAUUUCAGCUAAGAAGACUAUAUCAGCACUUCGUUACUUAAGAUGAAAUCUUUGAAGAUACUUGAGCCUAUUUGAGCUGCUUUCCGCACCCCUUCAUCUCCACAGUUUACUGGUAUAUAAAAGAAGAAAAAAAAAGAGUCUUUCUUCCUUUUGCAUGAAUUCUGGUUCAAAGCUUUUUGGACAUAAGCUAUUCUUCACAGCACUUGCUUUUUGGUGUAAAUUCUUAAAAUAAUUUGAUAACAAUAUAAUUGUGCUUUUAUGUUUAAGUUUGCAAGAAUCGUAUAAAGAAAAGAAAAUAUAACUGUGUGGAUUAUUUAGAAGAGGACACAAGUGCAUAAUUCCAGAGAGUGAACAUUUAAAGUUAUACAACAGACAAGUCUGAUGAUUUUAGGUUGAGAACAUAACAUUUGCAUAUCGUUCUGCAUCCAAUUUCAUGUAUUAGAUUUUGCUGUCUCUAAUUUUGAGUGACUUUCUGAUUCCUGUUAUUGAUUUAUGUAUUGUGGCAAAGAAAUAAAUGAAUGGAAAGCUGAUUUUAGACAUUUAGUAAAUAAAGCAGAUAAAUUAAGAAACAGGGAUUUGUUAUUUUGGAAAUUAACUGCUUUCAAUUUAAACUUUCAAUCAGUACGUUAAACUAGAAUGGCUUGAGACAGAGAUACUAUACAAAAGGGGAAAGCAACUCCUAGCUUUGAGGGACCACUUUACUGCAGGUUUUAGAGAUUUCCCUG